AUGGUGAAUGUCAUCGCAUCCAUUAUCAUCCAAGCAAUUCUGCUUGCGUUGGCACUCGUCGUUAUCGUACUCAAGAGCUUGGCGCGCGUUCUCUCCAAGCAGUCGGUGCUCAAUCUCUCCGAUGCCUUUGCUUGGUUUGGCUGGCUGUUCACGCUGGGAUGGUUCAUCUGCUCGACGCUUGCGCUGAAGAUCCUCCUCGACACUCCUGCGAUUGGUGACGAGCUUGUUGUCAAUUCUGUGCCGUAUCUAAAGAUCGUCUUCGUCGCUCAGUACAUGUUCGAUAUCGGUAUUUACUUUCCAAAGAUCUCGAUCACGCUGUUCUAUUGGACUCUUAUCCCCCGGAUCACGGGACCGUUGCGAAAUACAUUACUUGGAAUCUCGGUAUAUCUCGGUUGCGCCAUGGCUGCGACAAUACUCACGAACACAUUGAUAUGCCUUCCAAUUUCUGAUAACUGGUCCAUCAAGAACCAAUUGAGAUCGACAUGGAACUCGUAUGCCGCCUUUGUUAUCCAAUGGUGUCUCAACUUCUCCACAGAGUUACUCGCCUUCUUCUAUCCAUUCUUUCUGCUCAAGCACAUCGCGCUCCGCAAGGAGCAGAAGCUCGCCCUCGUCGGCGUCUUCUCCCUGGGCGCUAUUACGCUGAUUGUCAGCCUCGCAAGAUUCAUCGCUUACAAUGCGACCGACUUUGAACUGGAGGAUGAAUCUGGCAAUAUCCUCACAACAGCAGAGAUGAGCACAGCCGUCCUCGUCGUUUGCCUCCCCGGUCUCCGACGAUUUAUCGGCCGUUCCAAAACACCGACGCAAUCAUCGCGAUCGAACCCAGCCAGCAACCACGGCAUACACGUCCAAAUUUCCACCAACAACACAUCCAAGCCGCGCCCUCAACAAUCGUCGUACAAGAAGUGGGGCGUGAGGGAUGAUGAGAUUGGACUGGUGACACAUAUUCGUGCGGGCGACUCUACUGAGAUGAUAGAUAUGGAGGGUCAAAGUACGGAUGGGAAGAGCGGGAAGACGGUUACUCUGGAGUCCAUGUAG